AUGGCGAUUAAGCACAACCAGCAGAUCCCGCACAACCAUUUCCGAAAGGAUUGGCAGCGUUAUGUGCGCGUGCAUUUCGACCAGCCCGCUGGCAAGCACCGACGCAGACAAGCUCGUCAGGCAAAGGCUGCUCAGCUCGCCCCUCGCCCAGUCGAUAAGCUCCGUCCUGUAGUUCGCUGCCCUACCAUCAAGUACAACCGCCGCGUUCGCGCCGGUCGUGGUUUCUCGCUCGCUGAGCUGAAGGCCGCUGGUAUUCCCCGCAAGCUUGCGCCUACGAUUGGUAUCUCCGUCGACCCACGCCGCCAGAACCUCUCUGAGGAGAGCCUCAAGGCCAACGUGGAGCGCCUCCAGGAAUACAAGAAGCGUCUCAUUCUGUUCCCCCGCCGCAACGGCAAGACCAAGUCUGGCGACGCCUCUGCUGAGGACGUGAAGGCCGUCAAGCAGGGCGAGACUAUCACUCACUCCAAGUCCAUCCUCCCUAUCGUUCAAGACAAGGGUAUCUCAGAGGGCAAGGUUUCCGACUACAAGUCUACCGAGAAUGCUUACAAGACUCUGCGCGCCGCCCGUAGCGAUGCUCGCCUGGUGGGCGUGAGAGAAAAGAGGGCGAAGGCCAAGGAGGAUGAGGCUGCUGCUGCCAAGAAAUAG